GAAUAUAUAACCUUGCAAAGAAUGUACAUUAGUACCCUUCAAGAUCACAACCUUCAAGUGUUCCAAGUGCUUGGCAAAAACCCAAAGGUCACGGGCGGCGAAUUCCAACCUUGCAUCAUACACGUGAUUGUGUGGCCACUUUAGUUAAAUCUUGGGUAGAUAGUUCUCUCCCCAACUUAUCACCACCAAAACAAAGCCAACAUGAGCGACUCAACGUCACUCCCAAUCGCAUUCGCGCCCCCGCCGUGGACACUCAAAGCUACACUCUACUCAUUCCUCAUCUACGUAACCCCCCAAGAAGCUCUUGAGUUGUCUGAGAACCAAUUCAUAUAUGCUCCUUUGGAAGCCAAGUCCAGUGGAGCCGAGGACAAAUUCCUGGGUGGUCUUGCAACCGUGCAAAUAUUUCGAUAUUCCGAGAGUCCCGCGGGGCCUUAUGAUGAACUUCUUAUUGUCCCGGGGAAGUUUGAGUAUGAUUUUGAUGUCGAGGGAAAAGGGACGGAGAAGAGGACGAACUUGAGGGUUUCAAGAAUUUAUGUUAGUCAGGAGAAAACCUGUUGGAAUGGGCGGAAGAGUGAGUUUUCUUUUUUAUAUUAAGACAUCUUGCAAGAGGGAAUUAUGAAAUACUAAUCGAAACUAAUAGAUUGGAAUAUUCCCAAACAUCUGGCUCAUUUCAAGUUCCAAGAUCUCCCCAACGGCGCCACAAAGAUUUCAGUUUACCCCCUGGAGCUGGAUACUGCUGGAAUAGAAUCCAGGAUACCCGCCCUCCCUUUCUUCUCAGCAAUCUACAAGGACACGCCCUACUUCCCCAGUUUUCCCUCUUCGACCGAGACAGCCAAGUACUUCGGUCUCGACCUGAAUCUUGUGCAACCUCCUCUCCCAGAAGGAAAAGGGGCUUUAGGUGAACUUCCCGGUACUGGUCAAUGGUGUAAACUCUUGCCUGUGAUUACAUCCCCAAAGAUAUCGAUAGGAUGGUGGGAUAUGAAGAGUGGAGAUGCUCACCAAGAGGAUUCUCUACUUGAGAGAGAAGGUAACGAGGCGACGAGUGCGGGCUUUGAGAAUUGGUGGCCCGGGAUUGGAAGAUGGAGGUUUGGAAUGAAGAUGGAAGAUGCGACUAUUUUGUUUGGGGUGCCUGAGACGUGGGAGAGAAAGAAUGGGACACAUACUGAAUAGUAUUGAACGGAUUCGUGGGGCUCUUGCGUGU